CCCUGGGUCCAGCCGCGGCGGGUCAGAGGCGACGGGGAGGGGAGUGGACAGUCCAGCGGAGCAGAGCCCCAGGAGACCCGCGGCGCCCGGGGGCCCCUCGGAGCGCCACCACCUCGGCCUCUAGUCCCCGAAAGUCAGGGCGUCUUCUUCUGGGCACGGGCACCCCGGGACGCCGGGGACAGCUGAGCUGGGGGGGCGCUCGAGCUGCGAGGAUCCGGGCUGCCCGCGAGGCGAGGAGCGGGCGCCCAGGAUGGGAUGCAUGAAGUCCAGGUUCCUGCAGGAUGGAGGCAAGGUCUCGAAAACAGAGCCAAGCACUGACAAGCGCGGCACCGCCGUGUACGCUCCGGAUCCCACAGCAUUCUGCAAGCCGGGGCUGAACAGCAGCGGUGGCGCUCCUCCAGGAUUUGUGCAGGGUUCUGAGGACGUCAUUGUCGUCGCCCUGUAUGACUACGAUGCUAUUCACCAUGAAGACCUCAGCUUUCAGAAGGGGGACCAGAUGGUGGUCCUGGAGGAGUCAGGGGAGUGGUGGAAGGCAAGAUCCCUGGUCACCCGGAAAGAGGGCUACAUCCCAAGCAACUAUGUGGCUCCCGUUAACUCUCUGGAGACUGAGGAGUGGUUCUUCAAGGACAUCAGCCGAAAGGACGCAGAGCGCCGCCUCCUGGCCCCCGGCAACGUGUUGGGCUCUUUCAUGAUCCGGGACAGCGAGACAACCAAAGGGAGCUACUCUUUGUCUGUACGAGACUACGACCCUCAGCACGGGGACACGGUGAAGCAUUACAAGAUCCGGACCCUGGACAACGGGGGUUUCUACAUCUCCCCAAGAAGCACCUUCAGCAGCCUGGAGGAGCUGGUGGCCCACUACAAGAAGGGGAAGGAUGGGCUCUGCCAGAAGCUUUCAGUGCCCUGCGUGUCCCCCAAGCCCCAGAAGCCAUGGGAGAAAGACGCCUGGGAAAUUCCUCGGGAGUCCCUCCAGAUGGAGAAGAAACUCGGAGCUGGGCAGUUUGGAGAAGUGUGGAUGGCCACUUAUAACAAGCACACCAAGGUGGCAGUGAAGACCAUGAAGCCAGGAAGCAUGUCAGUGGAGGCCUUCCUGGCAGAGGCCAACCUGAUGAAGACACUGCAGCAUGACAAACUGGUGAAGCUGCAUGCUGUGGUCACGCAAGAGCCCAUCUACAUCGUCACAGAGUUCAUGGCCAAAGGAAGCCUGCUGGACUUUUUGAAAAGCGAAGAAGGCAGCAAGCAGCCCCUGCCAAAGCUCAUUGACUUCUCAGCCCAGAUUGCAGAGGGCAUGGCCUUCAUUGAGCAGAGGAACUACAUUCACCGAGACCUCCGAGCUGCCAACAUCUUGGUCUCUGCAUCACUGGUGUGUAAGAUUGCCGACUUUGGCCUGGCACGGAUCAUUGAGGAUAAUGAGUACACGGCUCGGGAAGGAGCCAAGUUCCCCAUCAAGUGGACAGCUCCUGAAGCCAUCAACUUCGGUUCCUUCACCAUCAAGUCAGACGUCUGGUCCUUUGGCAUCUUGCUGAUGGAGAUUGUCACCUAUGGCCGGAUCCCUUACCCAGGAAUGUCAAACCCAGAGGUGAUCCGGGCACUGGAGCAUGGGUACCGGAUGCCUCGGCCAGAGCACUGCCCGGAGGAGCUGUACAGUAUCAUGACCCGGUGCUGGAAGAGUCGCCCAGAGGAGCGACCCACCUUUGAAUACAUCCAGAGUGUGCUGGACGACUUCUUUACUGCCACUGAGAGCCAGUAUCAACAGCAGCCUUGAUGGGCAGGACCAGGACAGGCCCAACGGUGGUGGUGACGU